AUUUUCAAACUAAUUUAUCGGAGAAUAUAAUAAAUAACUUUUUCACUAAACAAAUAGCGUGAAGCUCACGCACGGCUUUCUUUUGCUGUCUAUAUUAUCCGAGUUUGUUUCAAUCAUUUUCUUUUUAUUUAUCUUCUCUAAUAAUAUCAGGAGUAAACCCUAGAUUUUGUCAAAAAGGCGGUUGAAGGAGAAAAAAAAGCUCGAGACGAAACCAUGGCAGGAGUUGGACCGAUGACUCAGGAUUGGGAGCCGGUGGUGAUCCGAAAGAAAGCCCCCAACUCAGCCGCUAAGCGCGACGAGAAAACUGUCAACGCCGCUCGCCGAUCCGGCGCCGAUAUCGAGACCGUCAGAAAAUUCAAUGCUGGAACCAACAAGGCGGCAUCGAGCGGCACAUCUCUCAACACAAAAAGGCUUGAUGAUGACACUGAGAACCUUACUCAUGAGCGUGUGCCUACUGAGCUAAAGAAAGCCAUUAUGCAAGCCCGGACAGAGAAGAAGCUAACCCAGUCCCAACUUGCUCAAAUCAUCAAUGAGAAGCCACAGGUGAUCCAAGAGUAUGAGUCUGGUAAAGCAAUCCCAAACCAGCAGAUCCUUUCUAAGCUGGAGAGAGCACUUGGAGCUAAGCUUCGUGGAAAGAAGUGAGCGAAGUCCUGAAGAUAAACAUAAAACUUAAUCGCAGUUUCACUUUUUUUAAUGAUGUAGUAACAACAAUCACUGGUUUGAUCUAAUGUCGUUACUUUGCGAAGAAGAAUCUUUCCUGAUGUAAGAAAGAUAAAACCGUUUGAAUGUUUGCUUGAUAAAAUCACUCAUCUUAUAUAAACUUAAAUCAAUAUCAAUAACUUGGUUUUAUAACCA